AUGGAGCAAAACGAAGCAGCAGAAACGACGGAGAAGGAGAGCGGGGAGAGAUACCACGCUGACACCGCACUAGCCGCACCGCCACCAAGACGGACUUUGUCGUUUGAAACUCCGCCGUUGGAAACUCCGCCGCUUGCACCUUUCUAUCCGUCGUCCCGAACGUCGUCAAUCUCGUCAGUUUCGUCCGCUCUCGGCCGCUUUUCCAACCUGCCACUGAUUCCCCGACGAAUGGCUGCUGCAGCCGAUCAAAGUCAAUCUGCAAAUUCGCCCUUAAGAACCAUGGGUGUGCACGUCCGCGACGACUCGAUCCACAGCCAGCACGAAAAAAUGGCCGACAUUGACGGAUACUCGCAGUCCCAGCGAGACUUCUACACAAUCAAACCGCACCUGUACGCACAGCAGCCGGUCAAAACGUCCACGGCACCCCAGCAGUUCCACCUCAACUCCAACGACGCCAGAGAAACCAGAACCAAUGGCGCCGUGACCCCCACAAAUUCGGCGGCACGGCCGUCCAAGGCAGAGGUCGUCUUCAACAUGACCCGCGAAGACAUCAACCUGACCAAAGAGCUGUGGGCAAAGCUCAUGAACGACCCCGAGACACUUGAAAGCAGCGCCGCCUACGGAACACCCACGGCGCUCUUCUGCGAACAGUUCUACACCAACCUCAUGGCAUCCCACGCCGAGCUCACGUCCAUCUUCCCUUCCAUCAAAAAACAAUCGGUGGCGGUCGCAGGCGUGUUUGGACUCGCCAUCAAGUCGCUCGACCACAUUGAAAAGUUGGACGAAUUCCUGUGGUCGGUGGGAAAACGACACAACCGAAUGAUCGGCGUCGAACCCAUCCACUACCGAUGGCUAGGAGAAGCCAUGAUCAAAACCUUUGCCGACCGGUUCGGAGACUCCUUCACCCUGGAAAUGGAAACCGCCUGGAUCAAAAUCUACUCCUAUCUCGCCAACAAACUGUUGGCCGCCGACGAGGAGCCCAACGUGCUCAUGUUCGCGCCCCAGAAACGAUUCCAGCAACAACCGCAGCCCAUGCUCUCCUCGUCCCCAACUGGCCCCGGUGUCUCCCCCACUUCUUCCUACACCGGAGGCUACCAGACAACCCAGGACGUGCGAAAACCCAGCGUCUCCAGCUCAGUCAACACCCAGUCGCUCAACACCUCCACCUCCAACUCCACCGCUCCUACUUCUACAAUGAACUCGGCCAACACCCCCUCCUUGCCCGCCGCUCCCUCAGCUAACAAUGCCGCAAACUAUGCUGCCCGCCGAAACGUCUCCAACACCCCCGCCAUGCCCAGCUCUGCUCCUGCUCCUACACCCAUGGGUGCCGACAAUGCCUUCACCAAGAACGGACGAAAGGGAGGACGAAAGCACGGACGAAAGGGCAAGGACGAUGAAAAGUGUGUCAUUGUUUAA